AGAAGAAGAAGGAGAAGAAGACGCUGCACCAGGAAGCGCGUGCGGCCCGCAGCAUGUAAGGCGAGCGGAGGCAGCGCUAGACAGGCGAGGAAGGAAGGAGGAGGAGGAAGAGGAGGGAGACGGCUCGGCCAUGGAGGACGGCACCGAGGAGGAGACGGUGGAGCUGCCCCUGACCAACGCAAAUUUAACUGGGCACGAUGAAGAGAAAGUGGGGAUGGAAAAUUUCGAACUGCUAAAAGUCCUGGGGACGGGAGCCUACGGGAAGGUGUUCCUGGUCCGUAAACUAACCGGCCACGACACCAACAAGCUGUAUGCCAUGAAAGUGCUCCGCAAAGCGGCCAUCGUCGCCAAAGCCAAGACAACCGAGCACACGCGCACCGAACGGACUGUCCUGGAGCACGUCCGCCAGUCGCCUUUCCUCGUGACGCUGCAUUACGCCUUCCAGACGGAUUCAAAGCUCCAUCUGAUUCUCGAUUACGUGAGCGGAGGGGAGCUGUUCACUCACUUGUACCAACGGGACCAUUUCUCGGAGGAUGAAGUACGGUUUUACAGCGGGGAGAUCAUUUUGGCACUCGAGCACCUUCACAAGCUUGGCAUCAUUUAUCGGGACGUGAAGCUGGAGAACAUCUUGCUCGACAACGAGGGGCACGUGGUGCUGACCGACUUCGGCCUGAGCAAGGAAUUUGUGACGGAGGAUAAAGAACGGACCUUCUCGUUUUGCGGCACCAUCGAAUACAUGGCCCCCGAGAUUGUACGCAGCAAAAGUGGACACGGCAAGUCUGUGGACUGGUGGAGUUUGGGAAUCUUGGUUUUUGAGCUCCUGACCGGCGCGUCUCCUUUCACGCUCGAAGGGGAGAAGAAUUCGCAGGCGGAGGUCUCCAGACGGAUCCUGAAGUGCAGCCCACCCUUCCCGUCACUCAUCGGCCACGAGGCCCGCGACCUGCUGCAGAAGCUCCUGUGCAAAGACCCCAAGAAACGCCUGGGCUCCGGCCCGACGGGGGCCCAGGAGAUUAAAGAGCACCCCUUCUUCAGGGUUCUGGACUGGGUUGAACUAGCCGCGCGCCGGGUCAGGCCGCCGUUUAAACCCCUCAUCCGCCACGAGUUGGACGUGCGAAAUUUUGCCGAAGAAUUCACCAGCUUGGAUCCCAUCUACUCUCCAGCUGGGACCCCUCCCAGCCUAGACCGUGUCUUCCAGGGAUAUUCCUUCAUCGCCCCGUCAAUCCUCUUCAACCGUAAUGCUGUGACUGCUGACGUACUUGAGGCAGCGUACGACGGAGAGCGUCCCGGAAGAUCUGCGGUGGCCCGCAGUGCCAUGAUGAAGGAUUCUUCAUUCUUCCAAAAAUACGAGAUGGACUUGGUGGAGCCUCCCCUAGGUGAGGGAAGCUUCUCUGUCUGCCGCCGUUGCCGACAUCGACAAAACGGGACGGAAUUUGCGGUCAAAAUCAUCAGCAAAAGGAUGGAAGUCAACACCCAGCGAGAGGUGGCGGCUUUGCAGAUCUGCGAAACUCACCCGAACAUCGUCAAGCUUCACGACGUUCACCACGACCAGUAUCACACGUACCUGGUGAUGGAAUUGCUGAAGGGCGGGGAGCUCCUGGACCGCAUCAAGAAGAAGCAGCACUUCAGCGAGUCGGAAGCCAGCCAGAUCAUGCGCAGCUUGGUCUCCGCCGUCAGUUUUAUGCACGACUCGGGCGUGGUGCAUCGGGACCUCAAGCCCGAGAAUAUUCUCUACGCAGACGAGUCGGAGGGCGCUCCCGUGAAGGUGAUCGACUUCGGCUUUGCCCGCCUCUGCCCUCAGAAUUCGCAGCCCAUGCAGACCCCCUGCUUCACCCUCCAGUACGCGGCCCCUGAACUUUUGCAGGACGGGGGUUACGACGAAUUGUGCGAUCUCUGGAGCCUGGGGGUGAUCUUGGUAAGUUGAACCCGUCAGAAGGGACAAGGGAGAGCCGUUCAUCGAAGUCGUCGAGUGAAGUUUUGUGUACGGAGUAGUAAAAUUGAAAGAAAAAACAAAAAAGGCACCAUUUUGUUUGCUGAGAGGGUGGUGUGUUUUUGUGUGUGUGUGUGUUUGGUGGUUUAAAUCUCAUCUGCCCAUUGUCGUCCAGGUCUUCUGACGGUGGAUCCGGCCAAGCGGUUGAAAAUGUCCAACCUACGCUACAGCGAGUGGCUCCAAGAUGGCAGCGCCCUCUCGUCCACGCCGCUCAUGACGCCGGACAUCCUGGAGAGCUCCGGGCCCGCCGUGAGGACUGGCGUCAAUGUGACGUUUAUGGCCUUCAACAAGGGGAAGCGCGAAGGUUUUUUCCUGAAAAGCGUGGAAAACGCCCCUCUGGCCAAACGGCGUAAGCUCAAGAUGUCCAGCACCGGUGCUGAAGGUCGCCGAAGCAGCAGUUCCUCCUCCUCCUCCUCCUCCUCUUCUUCGGGCUCCUCCUCCCGUCCCCCCAAAGCCAAGAUCCCCACCAUUCGCCACGACCCCCCCUCGUAGCAGCGGGGGGUGGGGGGGGGAAGAAGGGAGCCGAGCACUGAAAACGCUGGAGGGGGCAAAGGGGGUAUUUAUUGUCUAUGUUGCUGUCUCGGGAAGCGUCGGGGAGCCCGGCUUCUGCUCCCCCCUCAUUUCCAGCCCGCCAUGAUGUGAUAGCUUCAUUCAAAAUGGGGUUGUGGUUUGUUUUUGUUUUUUGGGGGGCGGCUUUCCGACAGAGAAAUCCAGGGGUUGUUAUAUAGGCAGAGAUUUGGGAAGGUUUGGGCCACCCCGUUUGGAUGGCUGGAAAGGGGAACCCUCCACCCUCCCCCGCCCUAAUUUCCAAGCCCAAACCUACAUCUUGAUUCCACAAGGACGCAGCCAGGGAAAUGUUGCUACUUCAAGGGGGGGUUUUUUUUUUUUAUGGUGGGGGGGGGGGGGCGGUGUCGUCAUUUUAUUUCCUAACCGAUCUACUGCAUUUCUGCAUGCAAGGUGGGAGUGAGCUGGCUGGUCCCUUUGAUUGGCCGGAGAGGGAAUGAAUUAAGGCCCUUGUGCGGAGAAAGGCUGCAAUUUUCCAAGCUGCCAGCAGAGGGCAAGCAGUCCUCUCAGCCAUUGCCCCCUGGUGGACAGCUGCGGUUUUGCAAUCCAAACCUGAGAUUAUUUUAAGAGAGGGAUUUGAUUAAGGAUGGGUAGCAUUUAAUUAUUAUUAUUUUUUUGUAUAAGCUGUUAAUAGGAAGGGAUUUGCUCCUUCUAAGGCCCAAACCGCAUUCGGGAGAAGAAAAGGAGAAUAUUUCCUCCUGCUACACAGGUAGUCCUCGACUUACAACAGCUCAUUCAGUGACCGAAGUAACAACUUGCGCCCGUUUUUCACACUUGUGAUGGUUGCGGCAUCCCCUUGGUCACACGGCGACGCUUCAAGACGCUUGGCAGCUGACUCACACUUACGACGGUGGCAGUGUUUGGCGACCUUCUGAUCAGUCCAUGGGGGGGAAAGCCGGAUUCGCUUGACAACCAGGGUUGUAACUUAACCACUGCAGGGAUUACCUCGACAGCGGUGGCGAGAAACGUCGUGAAAUGGAAACAUCUCGCUUAGCGACAGAAAAUGUGGGGUUUAAUUGCGGCCGGAAGUUGAGGACUAACUCUACUUCUUUCUUUUUUUCUUUUUGAUCCCUGUACACUCCUCUGUCUGAUGCAGAACUUUUUAACGGCAAGGCUUAGUGCCAAGAUACGUUUGGGCUCAGACGUCACACUAAGCCAGGGAUCUCCAAACUUGGCGACUUUAAGGACUUGUGGACUUCAACUCCCAGAAUUCCCCA